AUGUCAGAAAUAUAUAAACCUAUCGAAGUAGAUCCAGUAAUGAGCGAUGAAGACAAGACCAAGCACAUGAUUGACUGGUAUGUGGCUGGCCAUAAGUUGUUAAAAGGUAUGCAGUUUCCAAAAAAUGAACUUGAGGAAGUGAGUCAAAAAAUGAAAGAGUGCUUUAGAAUAGGAGUUAACGAGUUAAUAGCAUGGAGUGAGGCAAAGCAGGUGCCUGUGCUAGUUUUCUCGGCAGGGCUCGGAGAAUGUGUUGUAGCUGCUCUCAGAGCUGCUAAUCUCCUUUUACCUCAUGUGAAGGUGGUGUCAAACUUUCUUGCUUUUGAUGAUGCAGGAGCUGUAAUCGGUAUAAAAGGUGAUGUGAUUCAUACAUACAACAAGAACGAAACAGUCAUUAAGAACACAGAAUAUUAUGAGAUGGUGAAAGAAAGGAACAAUGUUUUAUUAAUGGGAGAUAACAUUGGAGAUGCAAGCAUGGCAGAAGGUAUGGAGCAUUGUGACGUCAUCUUCAAGAUAGGCUUCCUAGGACGUAAUACAGAUGCCAACCUCCAAAAUUAUGUUAACAAAUUUGACAUAGUUUUGGUUAAUGACCAUACAAUGGACAUAGCAAAUCCCAUAUUGAAACAUGUGCUGUGAUUUAUGUUUAGUCUA